UGUGGGGAUGCUGAUUUAUCUAUAAAAUUAUAUGGAACAAUUCUGAUGUAACUUUAUCCCCUACAGUGCUGAUCCUCAGGGAUCUGUCAAACCAUUGGCACCUUGGGAACAAGAUAAUAUUACUGAGCAGAUAAAUGAAACUUCAGAAGCCGCAACAAUGAAUGACAAUGCAAAUCAGCUUGAAAGACUCGGGUGUCCAUGCGGAAUCUGUUGAGUAUGCUGAAGCACCAUCUACUCCAGGACUGGUACAAGAGCCAAAUUUGCCCUGUGUGCAGGAGGCUCUGGCCUGUGAUGAUCAUUUGGAAUCAGAAGAUCGCAAUUCUAAUGAGUUAGUGGCUACGGAGAAUGGCCACCAUGUCAGAGAUCUGGAGGUCAAACAAGCAAAGCCACUUGGUAAACUCUGUCAAUUCGAUGCCUAUGAUAUCAAAAGUGUUCAGAGGGCACCACAUGGUUCAGACAGAAUAAAAAAGUUAAAAAACAUGCAAAAUGUUUUUCUUGUACGAGAAAAUUGAGAUUCUAAGAUUUA